UGAAAGAUUAAAAGAGCCCUGUGCAUCAUCUGCUGUGCUGUGUCAGCCAGACACGCUGCACCGUUCAUGACACUCCAGUAGCAGAAAGCUGGGGAAAGACUCCAGUCCAGUUCACAGACAAAUCUGCACCAGGUUUGAAAAAUCACUCAGACCUGCUGAAGUAAAACCUUAACAACAACUGCCUUCUGAAGCAAAGUCCGUAGGUUUGCAGGGAACGGACUGACGAGGGUCACAGGCAAAGAUGGGUUACAGUGGGCUCAGUGCCUCUGAUAGUACCUUGCUUUCAGCGAUGAGGAGAAAGCAGUGAGGAUCAGCAUCAGCCCCUCUGGAGAACAGACAACUCGGUGGAGGAUGUCCUAUCAAGAUGAAUAUGGCUCAUUCAAGAAUUAACUCUCUACUAUUCUUCUACCUCAGUUUUUUGCUGCUCAUCCAUUUAAAAAAGUCACUUUGCAUGAGAAACGAUUCCAGGUGCCUGUCAAAUUCCUGCCAAAAGAACUCUACGUGCGCUGCUGGUCACAGGGAGGACACUUGCCAUUGUGCAGAUGUACCACAGGACACUAUGGAGGAACUCUGCAAUAAAACCUCUGACCCUUGCUCCUCAAACCCUUGUCUUCAAAAUGCUACCUGUUUAAGCUCUCCUGGAAACCUCAGCUUCACUUGUGAGUGCCCCACUGGGUAUAAUGGGUCUACUUGUGAAAGAGCCGUCAGUGUGUGUGACACAAACCCCUGUGAACAUGGAGGCACCUGCCAAAAUGGCCUGGCUGGGCCCAUCUGCCUUUGUAGCGCAGGUUACACAGGUACACUCUGUGAAACGGAUUUUGAUGAAUGCAUUUCUGAACCAUGCCACAACGGAGCUGUGUGCAGGGAUGGGGUCGAUGAAUACUCCUGCUACUGCGUCCCAGGCUAUCAAGGCAAGCACUGUGACCUGGAAGUGAAUGAAUGUGUGUCAGAUCCAUGCCUGAAUGGGGCAACGUGUCUCAACCAGAUAGGAAAGUACGACUGCAUCUGCCCACUUGGGUAUACAGGUACGAACUGCGAGCUGGAGAUCGACGAGUGCCUGUCGCAGCCCUGCCUGAACGGCGCGACCUGUCGCGAUGCCCCGGGAGCCUUCUCCUGCUCCUGCGCUCCGGGCUUCCAGGGCCACCUCUGCCAGCACGACGUGGACGAGUGCGCCAGCCUGCCCUGCCGGCACGGGGGGCGCUGCCACGACCGAGCCGCAGGGUACAGCUGCAACUGUACUGGUACUGGAUUUAUGGGCCUGCACUGCGAGACCCUAAUUCCCUUGUGUUGGUCACAACCCUGCUACAAUAAUGCCACUUGCGAGGACAGUGCUGACAGUUACACGUGCCACUGCUGGCCAGGCUAUACUGGUGCCCGCUGUGAGACUGACAUCAGCGAGUGCAGCAGCAACCCGUGCCCCGCCGAGGCACAGUGCGUGGAGCGCUCGUGGGCACACUGGUAUGGCAGCAUCCCCACGCUGCCCUCCCACUUCAGCUACGAUGAGGCAGAGGGCUACGUCUGUAGCUGUAAACCGGGAUUUACCGGUAUUCACUGUGAUGAAGACAUCAAUGAAUGUUACAUGAACCCUUGCCAAAAUGGUGGAAUUUGUGAGAAUUUUCCUGGGAAUUACACUUGCCAUUGCCCACCUGCAGACAAAGAAGGGAUUUAUUACGGCGGCUGGAACUGCACAGAAAUUCUCCAUGGCUGUACUGAUCAGCAAUGCCAAAAUAAUGGAAUUUGUAUCCCACAUUUAAAAAAUGGCCAACAUGGAUUCAGCUGCAUAUGCUCACCUGGAUAUACUGGAAUACACUGUGAAACCAUAACUACAUUUUCUUUUCAAGGAAACAGUUUCCUUUGGUUGAAGAAUCCCACGACCCCUAAAAAGGAAUCUUUCUAUAAUGUGAACCUGAGGUUUCAGACUGUGCAACCCACAACCCUUCUGUUUCAUCGAGGGGAGAAAGACACAUUCGUGAAGCUGGAGUUACUGAAUGGCUACUUACACUUGUCUGUGCAAGUCAAAAACCAGCCACGGGCUCUUUUGCAUAUUUCACAUAAUGUCAGUGAUGGAGAAUGGCAUUCAGUGGAGGUAACCUUGGCAAGAGCUGUUACUCUUAAUUUACUUGACAGCUCUUGUGCAGAAUCAUGUGUCAAUAAAACUUCUGCUAUGAUAGAUAAUGAUCACGUGAGGCUUGCAUUUCAGAGCACAUUUUUGGGCAGCUUACCAGUGGGGAACGUUAGCAGCAGCUCUCUGCUUAACAUCAAUAAUAUACAUUCUACACCUUCAUUUGUAGGCUGUCUUCAGGAUAUUGAAAUAGACUUGAAUGUUAUUACUCCAGAGAAUGCAUCACCUGAAUCGUCUUUAAAUGUCAAGACAGGAUGUACUAAAAAGGACUGGUGUGAAAACCACCCCUGUCAGAAUAGGGGACGCUGCACCAACCUGUGGCUGAGUUACCACUGCGAUUGCUACCGGCCUUACACAGGGCCCCACUGCUCAGCAGAGUAUAUUCCGGGCCGGUUUGGAUCUGAGGACUCCUCAGGCUAUGCUGCUUUUUCUGUUGAUGCCACUCAGAAUGAAAAUCUGAAUAUAUCAAUGUUUGUCCGAACACGCAAAUCUUCUGGCUUGUUACUGGCUUUGAGAAACAGUACCUCUGUCUACCUAAUAGUCUACUUAGAAGGUGGGAAACUCACAGUGUUAGCUCUAAAUUCCACAAAAUUAUUAGGGAAACACUCUAUGAAUGAUGGAAACUUCUACUUAAUAAUGUUAAAAAUAGAACCAAGUAAGAUUGAACUGUUCCAGUCCUCCCGAUACCUAGGCUUUAUUUCUACUCCAGUACUAUCCACCCAGAGCAAGAAAAUUCUUUACAUCGGAGGCCUACCAGAUAACAGAGAAACUAAUAGAAAUGGCAGGUAUUUCAAAGGCUGCAUCCAAGAUGUAAGAGUGAAUAACCAGCCACUGGAAUUCUUCCCCAUCACCAACUCCCAAAAUUCUUUUGUCAACCGAACCCUGAUCAAUGUCACCCGAGGCUGCAUGGGUGACAACCUCUGCAAGUCCAACCCUUGCCAUAACGGUGGUGUAUGCUAUUCACUCUGGGAUGACUUCACUUGCACAUGUCCCCCUAAUACAGCAGGGAAAGCAUGCGAGGAAGUUAAGUGGUGUGAGCUUGGGCCCUGUCCUCAAGAAGCACAAUGCCAGCUGGUGCACCAAGGAUUUGAAUGUCUUGCUAACGCAGUGUUUAGCGGCCGAAGCAGCGCGAUAUUUUACAGAAGCAAUGGAAAAAUCAGCAGAGACCUCACCAAUAUCAUAUUUGGCUUUCGAACUAGGGACACAGAUGUGAUACUGCUGUAUGCAGAGAAGGAGCCAGAGUUUGUUACCAUCAGUAUUCACCACUCCAAACUACUCUUCCAGCUGCAAAGCGGCAACAGCUUUUAUAAGCUGACCCUCGCUAGUUCACUGCCCGUGAGCGAUGGGAAGUGGCAUCAGGUGACGGUCUCUAUGGUGGAGCCCCUGUCCCAGUUUUCGAGGUGGCACAUUGAUAUAGAUGACAAGCAAGACACUGCAACCAGCGCAACUGCCACAGGAAGCCUCAACUUUUUAAGAGAAGAGACUGACAUCUAUGUGGCUGACAAGGCUUUUGACAGUCUGGAUGGCCUGCGAGGAUGUAUGAGCACCAUAGAAAUCAGUGGCAUUUAUCUCUCCUACUUCGAAAAUGCUGCUGUCCACACUAAAAAACCUCAGGAGGAACAAUUUCUCAAAAUAUCUGCAAACCCUACUCUUACUGGCUGUUUGCAGGUGGAUGCCUGCAGCUCAGAUCCCUGUAUGCACGAGGGGACAUGCGAAGACUUCUACACCUCCUACCGCUGCGUGUGUGCCCAGGGAUGGACCGGCACUCACUGCGAGACCAACAUCGAUGAAUGUUUUUCCAACCCCUGCGUUCAUGGAAACUGCACGGACAGGAUUGCCUCGUACGAGUGCGUUUGUGAACCUGGCUACACAGGGUUAAACUGCGAAGAGGACAUAGACAACUGCCGUGGCCACCAGUGUGCUAACGGGGCCACUUGCAUAGAUGGGGUUAAUGGAUACUCGUGCCUGUGUGCUAGCAACUUCACCGGAAAACUUUGCAGGUACAGAAAAUUACCGCAUACAGUUUGUGGGAAUGAAGACAAAAAUCUUACCUGUUUCAAUUACGGCAACUGUACUGAUCUCAGCGGUGAGCUGGCGUGUGUGUGCCUGCCGGGAUUUGCUGGAGAACGGUGUGAAAAGGACAUUGAUGAGUGCAGUUCUGACCCGUGCCUGAAUGGGGGCCUCUGCCAGAAUUUGCUCAACAAAUUUCACUGCCUCUGCGACGUGAACUACGCUGGGGACCGCUGUGAGAUCGAUUUGACAACUGACUUGAUCUCGAACAUAUUCACCUCCAUUGGCUCAGUAAUGCUGGCCUUGUUAUUGAUCCUCUUCUUGGCAGUUGUGGUUUCAGUCAUUGCUGCCAAUAAACGGGCGACGCAAGGGACCUACAGCCCCAGCCGGCAGGAGAAGGAGGGCUCCCGCGUGGAGAUGUGGAACAUGGUGCAGCCACCGCCGAUGGAAAGACUGAUUUAGAGGAAGGCUCUCCUCCAUCCUGCAAGACGGCUGAAUGGGGACAGUGUACAUAUGUUAGAUAUGUUCAUUUGCAUUCUGAUACCGGGAACACCUGCUACGAAGAUUACAAUGACUUUGGGCUUUCAAUAUUUUCAAUAUUUUCUUUUUAAUUUCAAUAAUACUAAACAUCUCCUAGCAUUUACGUGAACCACUACUAUUUAUCACCGUUUUGGACCAACCUGUCCAAGGACAAUUUUUAUUUGCACUGGAAACUUCAGCCUUGGUAAUCAGCAGUAGGCAUUACAGACAGUAAUGGUUUCUGGGAUACUUCUAAGUGCCUGUCUCAAACACAACACGAGUAACAAAACACAUCUCGUUUGUGUUUUCCUUUGCCUGCCUACCAAUCACUGCUGCAGAAGGCAAUGCAGACAAAUCAAAUAACCCUUCAACAUAGACUUCUAAUUCUGUUAUCAAAGGGUUUAGUACUAGAGCUGUGUCUCAGCAUAUCUACUUUCAUCUGUUAAUCAGGGAUUAAAAGGAAGCUGUGCAAAAACUCUCCAAAAUAAAUGUUUCAAAUUUAAUUGGUUUUCUUUCCUCCAGUUCUCUCAUUUUCUUUGAAGCCUCUCCAUUUUCUACCAAAAAGAAUUUCACUUUCCACCCCCAACAAAUGCAUGCAUUUCUCUAAAUAUAAACGACUAUGUCCUGAAAUAUCCAGCAGACACAACCUGACCUUUUAGCAGACAUGAAAAUAAAACAUCCUAAACAAAUUCUGUAUAUCCAUACUAACACCAUUUUCUCAUUAGGAUUGUACCCAAUGGUCCAAAAUAUUGCCUUUCCCAUUGCCAACAUAUAUUGGUUGCCAAAAAAGCAAGCAUGCUUAAAAAUGUUUCUCAGUGCUCAUGGAAAAUACCAGGAAGGCAGGAGCACUGGCUUGGAAAUAAUGAAAGAGCAUCUCAACAGUCCUGAAGAUCAGACAUCCAUAUAGGCACAGAAAAAUUAUGUUUUGUAUCUGCAUUUUCCUCUUUUGAAACAGGUAUGGUAUUCCUCAGUAGCAAAAUUAUUGCAACACAUAGUGAAGAAAUUAAAGCACAAACUCACUGCUCCCACACAAAUUGAGCCUACAAUAAAGAGGCAUCAUGGAAAGUUCAUGAUGGUGUUUUCUUUUUCUUGCAGCUCAGAUGAUCUGUUCCUGUGGUUGUGAAAUACCCCAGAUACACGCAUUCAACUUCCCAUGGUUAUUCCAGGUGUUGCACACACUCGGUAUCCAAGUGUUUAAGUGAUCAUUUUAACUAAUGAUCAAUACAGAAUUUAUUUUCAGUGAUUCCCUUAAGGGAUUGCUGAAGAUCGAUGUCACUCAUGUCACUCACACUUAUUUCCUUGUUAGAUGAUUAGCAGUAAUUCUGAUAGCAAGCACAUUCUCUUUAUUUUUGAAGUCCUUACAGAUAUUUUUCAAAACAAGGCACUACAGUAGAUGGGAGUGGAUGCUAGGAUUUGAACUGAGUUGAAAGAGCAGAAUUUUAGAUGAGCAUAAUGCAGUAACAACACAAAUGCACAACAGAUUUUAUUCUAGCCCAGUUUACUACUGAAGCUUAUGAAUUUAAAUGCAACCAUUGCAAAGCUGCAGUUUAAAUCCAGAGUUCAAGUGGCAAUAAGGAAAGAAAGAAAGAAAAAAGUUACCAAAAACAUGGCAGUAAGAGAUAGAGAUUCAGGGAAGAUCUUUUUGAAUUAUGGCCUGAUGUAAUAACUGAAACUCUUAGUUCAGCCCAGCACUUGCCCUGUGAGACACUGCCAAGUCAUAAUAAAGAAUACUAUAAAGUUUGUUUGCAUGAUCACUACUUGAACACAUGCAUACCUGAAGAAAAGAAGAGGUUGAUUUUCAGAGUAGACAGUCUGAGGUAGAUAAUGCUCAGCAAAUGAGACUGCAAAGAACAGUGUGUGAGGGUGAGGCAUGGCAGAGGUGUGCUUUGUGCAGAUUCCUACACACGUGGCUUACGGCUUGCUGAAAAAAAUGAGACCCAAAGAAGAGGCAGCUCUCUAGGCAGAGGUGGCAAAGGUGGUAGCAUGUGAGAACAAGAGGGCAAGCAAGAGGUAAGUGGACAAGAAGAGCUGGAAGGUUGCAGGAGGGGAAGGACUUGGGGACAGAGAGCUUUGAAAAUGAGGGGGAAUCUAGAAGCGGGAAUUGGAACUGGGAGCAAGGAGCAGCAGUGGCUUUGAACUAGUAAAGCAGAUGCAGAGAAGAUGCUUCCACACACCUGCUUUAUGUUCCUGCGUUUCUGCGCAGUGAUAAUGGUUGUAUAAGCUAAAAGGAGAAGAAAGAGGAAAGAAAAAAAAGUUAAGAUCCCAUUGAAUAAUGUAGAAGGAGAAAGAAAAAUAGAAAUAAAUUCAGAGAAAGCAGCAGAAGGAGGUAAUAUAGAUCUAACUUUGAAGUCAACCCUUCUUUGAGCAGGAGGUUGGAGUAGAUGACCUCAAGAGGCUCCUUCCAGCCUAAAUUGUUAUAUGAUUCAAAGAAAAAGGACAAAAGAGAGAAAGCACCUGAAGAUGGAGGUCAGUUUGCAUGGAGAAGUAACCUGAAGGAAAGCAUUAUUGUUCACAGUGAAAGACACAGCAAGAAUAAGGAAGUGUCUGGAAACUCAUUUUCUGUUCUGCUCAGUGGUUCGACUUUCUGGACAAAAUUUUGGAGACAGUGGGAAAACAAUCUGUAAUAAAACAUCCAAGAAAGUGUUGUCACGCAGAGAAUCUAUAGGGCUGAGAAAGAUACCCAGCAAUGGGUACAGAGAAAGGAAGAGACAGGAGAUGAAAACCUGAAGAGUUUUCAUACAGACCAAACAGAGCUCUGGAGGAAUAUGCUACUAAAGCAUUAAAAAGACACCCAUAAAAGCACAAGAAAGGGAAAAUUCUCAUGGUGAAACAUGAGUGUGGUUUGUAGAAGGUAAGUCAGGGAGACAGAAGGCAGGGGAAAAGCCUUUAAACUAGGAUUAGAAUAAAUCAGAAGUGACUGCUGUCUGUCUCAGCAGAGAGGGAAUGAUGAAAAUAGGAGUGGUGAAACUUCACACAAAUGUAAGGGGAGAAAAGGGAAUGAAAGCAGAUGACACUUGAGGAAGUUGGAGGUAAAAGCUGGAUUACAACCUUUCAAAUGCAGUGAGGGUGAAGUGGGGUGUUCGUAACAGCGAGGCCAUGGAAAAGAGGACAGGGGUGAGUCAGGGCAUGGGAAUUGCCUACUGAGGCAGGUUGGUGCAGGGUAACUUAGAGGAAGGGAGUUCUAUUGCAAAUAGAGAUUAAAAUGCGAAAUAUUUAAAAUCCUACUUAAAAUCUUAUAAGAAACAAACAAGAAAAGGACCAAAGCUAAAUUAACAAAUCAACAUCCAAAGAAGGCAGGGAGUCAGACUCUGCAGCUGGAAAAGCUCAACAGCAGCCUGGAGAAGCAUAAAAAAGCCCAAAGCCGUGGCUAUUUAACAUGCUGUAGCAACCAUGGUGAGGAAGCCUGACCCUUUCAGGCCAUAUCUCAGCCAAGGAACAACAGUUAAAAGAAAGGCAAUACAUUAUACAAAGUGAAAUACCAUCUUUGCUAAAAUUAAAGCCAAGGAUUAGGACUGAUAGAGCAAAUGCCAAGCCAUUUACUGCUUCUCAGCCCAGGGAUAUAACAGAAUAUGUAGAGAAGCACGGGCAUUCAGGGAAGAGCAAUAAUAUAACAGUUGUGGAGAGAACGUUUGUCUCCACACAGAAGACCUAAAAUAUUUUGAAAAUGUAUUUGCUAUCUCCUCAUUUGACUUUAAAGCCAAAAGUAAAAUAAUUUGUUCACAAUCACUUGCAGCCUAUCCAUUCAAGGAACAAACACGUAAUAUGCUCCCAGCCUUACACAUUUGAACUUUCUCUUUCACUUCUAACAGUCUUUUGCAAAGGAGAAGGUGCUAAGGUAGAGCACACGACCUGCUCUGUGUCUGAUCCCUCUGAAGAUGCACAGAAGCAUGGGAAGGAUGAAGCAGCUUAUUCCCCUUUCGCUGCCCCUUUCCCAUGGAAAGAGGUGAUAUCCAGCUUGUGAAGUGCAAAGAGAGCCUUCUGACAGUUAUAGGAGAAUUUACAUUAGCCAAAAUAUAAAUAUCGUGGCCAGAAUUCUGCCAGCUCAAAGUGGUCGUGGUGUAUCAUUGCAUAAUGUGCCUUCUCCACCUUAUGUAAAAUUAACCACCCCUUCUCUGUAUAUACACACUAUGUUUAUAGCUUAGUUGGUGUAUUCAUGUUACUAUUUUGCUGUAUAAAUAUCCAAAUGACCAAUAAAUAACGAUUAUAUUGAGCCA